AUGUCACUCACUGGUUCGGGUUCGUAUUACUUGCCCGAGCCUGUAUCGGGUUUGCGAAACUCGCCUAACAACAUGAGCCAAUUAUCCAGUUCCCCCUUGCAUUUCCAGUCAAACACCGGGCCGGGCCUAACAGUAUCGUCACUGCCUCUGGACACUUCACCAGCAAUGUCGGGUCAUGGGCAUGGCAUGGGCCCACCAGCUAUGCAGCAAGUUGAGCCCGUUCGCAGGAAAAGGGGAAGGCCUCGUAAGUAUGGACAUGAUGGUGCAGUUUCUUUGGGCCUAUCGACCUCUUUCUCUAAUGCUGCUCAAAUUGGAAGGCCGACUCAAAAGUGGAGGGGAAGGCCGCCGGGUUCUGGCCGUAAGCAUCAGUCAGUUUCGACAGGUGGAUCCGUGUUUAACACAACUGGAACAAUGACUCCGCAUAUCAUCAACAUUGCAGUUGGAGAAGACAUCAAAAGAAAGGUACUUUCACUUCUGCAAGGACGUCGAGCCUUAGUUGUCUUGUCGGGCAUUGGUUCAAUUGCAGCUGUCAACAUCAAAAGUUCGAGCUCUACUGGGAGUGUAACAUAUGAGGGGCAUUUUGACAUGGUGACUUUAUCUGGUUCUUACAUCAAUGAUGUUGAUAGCCCUCAUGGCCCUACUGGUGGUCUUAAUGUCACUUUUGCCGGUUCAGAUGGCCAUCUUAUAGGCGGCCCUGUCGAGGGAAUUCUCAUUGCUGCUAGCCCUGUUCAGGUGAUUGCUGGGACUAUAAUGCCGUCCACUCCAAAGCCGAAAAACAAAGCUGUGGAGGAUCGGGACACGUCAGGCGAUCAAGACCGUACACUUGGCAGCUCGAUAACUCAAUCUAACAUCCAGGCUAGUCAGAGCCUCUCCCCAAUGGGGGUUUGGCAGAGCUUGAGAUAA